AAAGAGAAAAGCAUAAAAAUCGAACGACCCCUCAUGCCGGUUAAACAAACAACACGAAAUCGUUCAACUUUUGUUUAUUUUUAGCGAACUCAGCUAAUUAAAGAUGAAUUUGUUUGACAUCGAAGAUACGAAGUGCAAACCGGAUAUUGUCAGUGUCUAUCCCCCCACAGGGCUACCGACGGGUGUUCCCAUCAUAAUCGACAACGGUUCCUAUCAGUGCCGUGCCGGUUGGGCUUCCAAGAAUGCACCUACGAUUACGUUCAAAAACGUACUCGCCAAACCACGGAAAGACCGCAACAAAAAGGAUGCCGAGGUAGCGGUGCCAACGGUACAAAUUGGAAACGACAUCGCGAACAUAGAGGCCGUUCGGUUCCAGCUGCGCACCCAGUUCGACCGAAACGUUGUUACACACUUUCACAUUCAGGAGCAGAUUUUGGAUUAUAUGUUCGGUAAGCUGGGUGUAAACGUGGAAGGAUGUGUGCCCCAUCCAUUGCUGCUAUCCGAAUGCGUUGCUAACCCGAAUCACAGUCGGGCGUUGAUGUCGGAACUGCUGUUUGAAUGUUACGGCAUUCCUGGGAUCUGCUAUGGCAUUGAUAGUCUGUUCAGUUACAGUCUAAACAGCGGUAUGGAGGAUGGACUUAUUAUCUCCUGCGGGUAUCACACAACGCAUGUUAUUCCUGUUUUGAAUGGAAAAAUGGUCGAAGAGAAUGUUCGCCGGAUCAAUGUAGGAGGAUUUAAUAUGAUUAAUUUUAUGCACCGAUUGCUUCAGUUAAAGUAUCCAGUGCACGUGAAUGCAAUUACAUUGAGUCGAGCUGAGAGCCUGAUCCACCGUUUCUGCUCGUUUGCAUAUGAUUACACGGAAUCGUUGAAAAACUGGGCGCUGCUGGAAUUCUAUGACCAAAAUAUUAUCAGGAUUCAGUUGCCGUACAAUCAGACAGUAUCGGCACCUACGCUAACAGCGGAACAGAGAACGGAGAAACGCAAGGAGCUCUCUCGUAGACUUGCUGAGAUAAAUCAGAGAAAACGAGAGGAAAAGCUUGCGGAAGAUAAGCACUUAUUAACUCGAUUAGUCGCCGCACAAGAAGAUAUAGACGAUGAAGAUAGGAUUUCAAUCGUUUUGGAAGAAUUCGAGCUCAAAAACGUGGACGAGAUGAAGAAAACGAUUGUCACUUUACGGGAGCGCAUUGCAAAAACCGUUCAAAAAAUGAAUACUCCAGCAACGUCUCAACCAGAGGAAAAACCAUUACUACUGCAGCCACCAGCUAACACGACCAUCCAGGAGUGGGUUGUUGAAACUCGAAAAAAACGUGACGACAUCCUAGAUAGGAAGCAAACGCGGAAACAACGCAAGCAGGACCUUGCAAAGCGGCGAACAGUAGCCGCCCAGGAACGAAUGCGAAUUAUUUCCCAGUUGGCUAAGAAAGAAAAAGGCGUCGAUGAUUUUGGCAUGCGAGACGAGGAUUGGGAUGUGUAUAAAUCCAUCAGCCGCGAGGGAGAUAGUGACAGCGAUGCCGAAAAUGAGAAGCUUCUCGUUUGUGAGGAAAUACUCAAACAGCACGACAGUACCUAUGUUGAACCCACGACAUCGACGGCAAAUAUCGCGGAGUUCCACCAGCUGCACGUGGGAGUGGAGGCAAUUCGUGUGCCGGAGAUCCUCUUCCAGCCGAGUCUCAUCGGCAUACAGGAAGCUGGUCUAGCCGGUGCGAUUGACUACGUGCUGAAGCUUUUCCCUCGCGAGGAUCGACCUAAGCUUUUUGGCAACAUCAUGUUGACGGGUGGAUGUGCGAAUAUUCGAGGAUUCAAGGAGCGAUUGAUGAGAGAGUUACAACAGAUGUUGCCCUUCCAGUCGGUUUUCAAUUUGAGAAUCGUGACCAACCCUACCCUUGAUGGCUGGAAGGGGGCGAGCAAGUUUGCUACCAGCGAAGUUUUCAAGAAGUCACUCAUUACCAGGCAAACGUACGACGAGUGCGGAGGUGAAUACCUCAAAGAACACCCGGCAAGUAACGUCUACUUUCCAACUCCAAACAAUAUAGACACGGCUGAAAGAUUUAAUUGAUAAAAACUGAAUAAAAAUAGUUGCGAGAA